AAGAGGGAGAACGCGAGCGAGCGGCAGUCUCGAGAGCUCGCUCGACUUCAGUCGGUGAAGACUGCGCGAACGGUGGAUAUACAAGUGUGUAGAAUAUACAAAAGUAUAGAGCGCGCGAAAGCGAUUCGAAAGUGCGCGCACAGAACCAUAGGAGAUCGGCCAGCGCGAUAGGAGGAGGAUGGGCAUUGGUGAUCGGCGGCCUGCUCCGGAGGAUGCUGCUGUCGCUCGUCGGCAGACUGCUGCUGCUCUGGGCGGCGAUCGGCCUCCAGGCGGUCCGGACCGAGACGCCCGACUGCGAGCUUCUCGGAGGACCGGCCGCCCGGGAACUGUCCUGUCGGGCUGCCGGCAUCGAGGCGCUCGACCGGCUGCCCGAGCUGGCCAAUCUCACCAGGAUAGAUCUGACGAGCAACAAUCUAACGAACAUUCCAGCACGCGGCUUCCGACGCUACCCCCAUCUCGAGAUUCUGUUACUGCGCCGCAACCGCAUCGAGCGCAUCGACCCAGAGGCGUUCGACAACAUGACGAGUCUCGCGCUCCUAGAGUUGGACGAUAACAAGUUGACGGAAUUCCCGAGGGCCCUGGCCAGGAUGAGCAGCCUGGAGGAACUAUCGCUGUCGAACAACAGGAUCCGUCUGAUCGAGGCCGACAGCCUGAGGGACGCGAAGAACCUGCUGUCGCUGGACCUGCGCGGCAACCCGAUAAGCGAGGUGCAGCCUGCCGCGUUCCAGCAUCUCUCGCGGCUCCGCAAGCUCAUCCUGUCGAACCUGAAGGAGCUGAGCGAGUUCCCGUCGCUGGAGGGCUGCCGCUCCCUCGAGUUCCUCCGGCUGGACCGGGCGCGCAUCGAGCGAGUGCCCGAUGAGCUCUGCCGACAAGCGCCCAAGCUCAAGAGCCUAGAUCUCAAGUCCAACCGACUGAGCGCCGUGCCCAAUCUUAAAGGCUGCCGCGAUCUUCGGGUUUUAGACCUCGCGAGCAACCUCAUUUCCUCGCUCGAGGGCAAGCCGUUCGAGGGUCUGGGGGCGCUGCACGACCUGCUCAUACCGAACAACCUGCUGGAGAGCGUGCCCCAGGACGCCUUCACCGGCCUGACCAAGCUCCAAGUGCUUGACCUGGAGAGCAACGGCAUCGACUUUGUCCACCCGGACGCGUUCGAGGAGAUAAAGCAGCUCGAGGACCUGAACCUGGGGAACAAUAUCUUCCCGAGCCUGCCGAUCAAGGGGCUCUCGGGCCUGCUCCACCUCAAGACCUUCAACAACCCGGCCCUCAGGGAGUUCCCGGCGCCGGAGCUCUUCCCGCGCGUCCGCACGAUGGUCCUCUCCUACGCGUACCACUGCUGCUCGUUCGUCAGCGCCGAGGAGCUCGAGGCCGGAGUCUCGGGGGCCUCCGAGGCGGCGGCCGGCGAGGAGCUGCUGCAGGAGUCGGUCCUCUUUCCCACGGAUAACGACUUCGACAUGAGCCUCUGGAACCAGAGCCUCACCGACAUCUGGCCGCAGCUGCAUAACUUGAGCGAGAAAUUCGGAUCGAAAAUAAAUGAACUUUGGGAUAACUUUGGUACAGAUUUCACGUACCCGGGCAAUUUGCCCGCCUACGUCGAGGAGUACUUCGAGGAGCAAGAGGGCCGGAGCCCGAGGCCGGCGACGCAGCCGGCGCGCAUCCAGUGCCUUCCGCAGCCCGGUCCGUUCCUGCCAUGCCGCGACCUCUUCGACUGGUGGACGCUGCGCUGCGGCGUCUGGCUCGUCUUCCUGCUGGCCAUGCUGGGCAACGGCAGCGUCGUCUUCGUCCUCGUCUUCUCGCGCAGCAAGAUGGACGUGCCGCGCUUCCUCGUCUGCAACCUCGCCGCCGCCGACUUCUUCAUGGGCCUCUACCUCGGCAUGCUGGCCGUGGUCGACGCCUCGACGCUCGGCGAGUUCCGCAAGUACGCGAUCCCCUGGCAGAUGUCGGCGGGCUGCCAGCUGGCCGGCUUCCUCGGCGUCCUCAGCUCGGAGCUCUCGGUCUACACGCUGGCCGUGAUCACCCUCGAGCGGAACUACGCCAUCACGCACGCGAUGCACCUGAACAAGCGGCUCUCGCUCAAGCACGCCGGCUACAUCAUGAGCGCCGGCUGGACCUUCGCCCUGGGCAUGGCGGCGCUGCCGCUCCUCGGCGUCUCGGACUACCGCAAGUUCGCCAUCUGCCUGCCAUUCGAGACGAGCGGCCCCGCGGCCAUGGCCUACGUCGUCUUCCUCGUGCUCGUCAACGGCCUGGCCUUCCUCAUCCUGAUGGGCUGCUACCUCAAGAUGUACUGCGCCAUCCGGGGCUCCCAGGCCUGGAACUCGAACGACUCGAGGAUCGCCAAGCGCAUGGCGCUCCUCGUCUUGACGGACUUGCUCUGCUGGUCGCCCAUCGCCUUCUUCUCGCUGACCGCCACCUUCGGCCUGCAGCUGGUCAGCCUCGAGCAGGCCAAGGUCUUUGCGGUGUUCGUGCUGCCGCUCAACUCCUGCUGCAACCCCUUCCUCUACGCCAUCCUGACCAAGCAGUUCAAGAAGGACUGCGUGCUCAUCUGCAAGGCCAUCGAGGAGUCCCGGGUGACCCGGAGCAUCGGCCGCUGCCGGCACAGCUCCAACUUUAGCAACCGGCUGAGCCCCGCCAACACCAACAGCCUCGUCGACCGGUCCGCCGGCUCGCGCGACCUCAACCUCCUCCAGCAUCCGCACCAGCCGCAGGUGAACGCUUACCAGCAGCAGCAGGCCACCUGCGUCUGCGGCAACAGCGCCCGGCUGAUCCUGGAGCGCGGCCAGUCGGCCAGCUCGACGACGACGGCGGCGGUGCGCUGGUGGCAGGCCAACAUCAGCUGGCCCUGCUCCAAGAGCCAGCGGCAGCGGCGCAACCUCGCCGGCGACCCCUACGCCUACCGCAUCGCCGCCGAGAUCCAGCAGAAGCAGCACAAGCGAGCCUCCUCCAUGUCCUCCAGCGAGAACUACUCCUCCUCGCGCUCCGACUCCUGGAGGCAGCAUCAUCGCUGCGGCAUUCCCCUCAGGCUGCUCGACCCGAAGCGCCGCACCUCCUCCUGGCUGAUCAGCCGCAAGCCGUCCCAGGACUCGAACCUCAGCUCCUCGCGCAACGACUCCUCGGGCUCGGGCAACACCGCCAGCACCAGCACCUGGCGCGUGACGCGCUCGAGCAGCUCCCUCGACAGAGCCAAGCCCCGGCUGACCCGGCAGAUGGCCUUCCAGGAGCCCGACUCCCCGGGCUCGCCCGGCAGACUGGCCGUCCGACUCCUGGCCACCAUACCCUCCGCCGCGGAGAUGAGCGAGCAGUGCGACGAGGAGAGCUCCGCUCUGGCCGAGAAGGAGGAGGAGCAGCCGGACGCCGACGACGACGAGGACGACGGAGAGGCGGUGAAGAUCCGGAUCAAGGACAGCGACGAGUCCUAGCUCCGCGCCGACGCUUUCUUACAGCUCAAAUUUACGGGCAGAAAAUAGCGAUGAAAAAUGAACGCAGAAUGAACGGAGGAGCUUUUUUCGAGCUCAAAACGAGCUGACACUCGUUACUGAGCUUCGUCAUUGCUUCCCCUAAUCUCACGAUUUAUUUUCUUUACAGUGUACUCCACACUCGUUACGAUAGAUUCUUCAUCGGUAAAAGCUCGCGUUCGUUGAGGACGAACGCGAAUCUGGGACGCGAGGCCUCGAGCACGCGCAGCCUCGGCGAUAGCUACUCGAACUGCCUUUUCGAUGUGCGACCGUGUCCCCGAGAAUUUUCACGACUAACUUUGACUGAAUUUUUAGCGGACAAGGCAAGCUCUGCUGGAGCGACUACCAAAGAGGGAUAACGGAUUCCUGUCUCUGUGUGUGUGUGUGUGUGUGAUUCUAAGUCAAGAAUGGACAGUUUCGACGCUUGGUUUUGGACUCGAGGACAUCAUAAUUCAUUCAAAACAACCGGAAGAUUCCUAUUUUACGCAGCAUUUAACGAUUUUUUUUUUUUUUUUUUUUUAUACUUCGUCCGACAACCUGGUGUUCCGUUUGUAUAAAGUACAAAGUAAGAAGAAGGGCGGCUUCUCUGUACAUAUAGGUAUAUACGUCUAACAAUACUCCAAUAUACGAAUGUUCGCAGUAAUUUAUUGUAAACUUCAUAUUCGCAAGGUUCGCAAGACGCAAGCGAGAGCUUCGGUAUAUUUUGCUCUCAACUAUAAGACUGAAAAGCACGUUAGGGUCUUCGGCAUAUAAGCGAGAGUGAGUUCAACGACGCGAUGUGUAUAGCAGCAUUCCAGAACUCGAUUCUAUCUCAACAAUAUAUAAGUUUUAAUUAACGGAGAAAAAAGUUUCGACGCGUAUAUACAUCGUCUCGUGAAAAUACUUUUUUACGAGUAGAGUAAAAAAAGCACUGCCUCGCGAGAUAAACAAAAGUGCCGCAGCGCAACGUAAACCCCUAGGCUCUUACAGAUUGUCCUUCUAGAUAUAGUUCACCCUUUCUAAACAACGAAUCUCAUAUGCUAUUGUAAUAUUACGUAAUCUCUUGACCAAAUAAUCUGUAUUCAAGGCUAUACUAUUCCCCUCCUUCAGUCGCCACUUACUCACUUACACCUGAGACGACCUUCUCCAGCGUAUAUUCUCUAUUCUAAAUGUAUUAUGUAGCCCAUGAAGAAUUGUACACUUUGUGUGAUAUAUGGCUAUUUAUUAUACGCAUGUUUUACAAGAGCGACGCUUAUGUAAAAAAGCCGAUCGCUUUUGGCACACACUGCAAUUUGGAAAGUAUGCCUUGCGUGCGCGUACAACAGAAGCGAUCGGCUCUUCGAACACGACAAUUACAAUCGACGGUAGUAUAUUUGUACAAUAUAUUUGUAUUCGAUAAGAGGCGUGGACGUAUGCGCGUGUGACUGUACAUGCAUAUAAAACGUGCGUGAAAGAGGCGGAUAUGGGCGGGAGCCUUGGGAGCGGCGCUGGAUAUUUUGAAAUCUUCGAAACGCGCGAAAAUGAUCAAGUGCCAAAAAAGUAGGGCAGUGCCGCCGUGUAUACACCUACGAUGAAAAAAAGUCUAAUUGGAUUUCAGAUGCGAGUCAGUCACUGCGGUCCUCGGCAAUGAAGUCAUCCGCGGAUGACCGACGCUUUAGUUUCAUGCCAGCUCUUACUCAUGGGCGAAAAGAAAUAAUCUCUCGCAUUCAAAAGGUCGCAGGGCGCUGAUUUAAAAUCUCAUCCCGCCGCCGCCGCCGCCGCCGCCGAGAGAAAAGCGUAAAUCUGCACCUGCGCGACAGAUAUAUGUAUCGGCCGCCACCGUUGCGGUGAAAGUAAGAGGAGAAAGCUCUUUCAUAUAGGUACACCUAUAAGCAAUACGUACACGAGCGAGAGGUUGGAGUCGCGGCCAAAUGUUGCGACGAGGGUUGGAUCGAACACAACGAAUGGAUUUCUCUACAUAUACGCACGACAACGAAUUCAAACUUGACCAUGUAAAUUUUAAUGUUGUUAUUCUUGUCUCGGUGUAAUGUUGCGAGACGUCUUUUACAGACGAAAUAGCUACUUAUACAUUUUAAAGAUUCUACUUUAUAUCCAUAAAUUAUUCGCAUGACGUACGAGGAGAUUGUAAAAUACGGCUGGGUGCGAGUGGUUUGAAAGCAUUUCUAUCGUAAUGUAUACCUACGGAUAUGUAAUUUCUAUUCUAACAUAGUCGUUUUAUAUUUAAUACGAACGAGCAGGUGGAUGUUUAUGAAAAUCUAGUCUCCGUCGCUGCAAGUCCGCGGCACUGAUCAAAAUUGCCUAUCCGCAUUGUUUUCAUUUGAUCGAAAUAAACAGCGACGAGGCUCAACCAAUUAUAGGCGAUCUUCAUUACUUCGCACCAGAGAGCCUAAUCAUCGACAUCGUGCUAUACGUGUGCGUCCCAGUGAUGCAACGUUCUCGUAAUUAUCAGAAUUUUGCGUAAUUUCCCGCGCUACUAUAUUGCGCAAGGACAUGCAGUUCCGCGUUUGGCUUUUGUUGUUGGAGUAUAAGAAGAGAAUAUUGCGGAGCUGAGCUAGAUUCGAAGGAGCGCACUUUAUCUUCGUCGGAAAGUAGACGGAUAAUAAAAUGAACAAGACAAAUUCAA